CAUGAUGACGUCUGUAACGUUUGUUUUGUACUUCACAUGUUUGUUCUUGAAGGCUCAGGAGACACAUCAGUCCUCAUCUUUUCAUCAAGAGAGUGGCUUCAAAUCAGUAAAUGUUGGUGAAAGUGUAAUCUUGCGUUGUUUCUAUGAAAAUUAUGUGUCAGCAAGGUUUUAUUGGUACAAGCAAACAUUGGGACAGAAACCAAAGCUCAUUUCUACCUUCUAUGUCUAUGAUGAUUCUGAAGUAUUUUAUAAUGAAUUUGUGAACAAUUCACGCUUCACACUAGACAUUAAAAAUGGUAAAAACCACUUAAGUAUUUCACAUUUACAUAUUUCAGACUCAGCUACUUAUUACUGUGCAUGUAGAGUUUCAGUAAUUUUUGAAUUUGCAGAAGGUGUUACAGUCAGUGUAAAAGGUUCAGGUUUGAAUGUUAACACUUCAGUUCAUCAGUCUUCAUCUGAGACCGUCCAGCUAGGAGACUCUGUGACUCUGAACUGUACAGUACACACUGGGACCUGUGAUGGAGAACACAGAGUUUACUGGUUCAAAGUAUCUGAAGAAUCUCAUCCAGGACUCAUUUACACUCAUGGAGGCAGGAAUGAUCAGUGUGAGAGGAAAAGUAAGACAAAAACACGCACCUGUGUCUACAACCUGCCAAUGGAGAACCUGACUCUGUCUCAUAAUGGGAUCUACUACUGUGCUGUUGCCUCAUGUGGACACAUACUAUUUGGAAAUGGGACCAAGUUGGAGUUGAAGAAUGAGGAGGUUUCUCUUGUACUGGUGUAUUUCUUGAGUGGUGCUUUGGCGUUCACCACUAUCCUGACACUUUCACUGGCUGCCUUACUGUACACACAGAAGAGAAAAGGCCAGCAAGCUACAGAGUCUCAUGAAACAUUUUCGGCUUCAUACCCAAUGAACUCAGAGCAGAGUUUCCAGGCUGAAGAAAACCUCCAUUACGCUGCUUUAAGUGUAAAGAAGGCCAAUCGAUCCAGAAGUCAAAGAGAUGAUACAGAGGAUAAAUGUAUUUACUCCGGUGUUAGAAAAUAAAACCAAUCAUGUUCUUGCUUUGUCUCUCAAUAGCAGGAUAUGAGUUGUUCUGUGAAUCAUUUCUAUAAAUGUAACAAAAAUAAAAAUCUCUCUCUGACUGGUUUUGAUAACAAGCGGAAGUGUAUCAUGACUUUUAUGUUUCUGGCAAUUUAACUGAGAUGAAUUGUGCAAAUUCUAUGUCAGAAGUCCACCAUUGCCAGAAAAAAUCGGUAUACUAGAAUUAUCCUUUGUACUUUAAAUUUGACCAUGGGAAAAUAAAAUUUAAUGAUGUCCCGUCAGUAUUUUCUCUUCACACUCUAGCAGGUCCUGAUUCGUACCACAGCAAAAAAACAAACAAACAAACAAAAAAAAAACCU